AAUUUUGCUGAACUAAAUGUCAUCAACACGGGCUACAGACGCGCUGUGGGCGAGACCCCUCUUUUGACCGUGAAAUUGGCCAGGUGUCACUUGACCCUGGAGCUGUGUAAACAUUGCUUGUCUUCUAUCUAGUGUAUCUAGUGGACUCACUGCAUUUUAACAUUGCCUGAUAAGUUUACUCACCUCUUCGGAGAUCUUCGGAUUGUGCUAUUCGUUAAGUGUAACUUGGAUUGGCAGGCACCAUGCCCUUGAUGGAGCCAGCCGUGGCCACAAAGAGGGCCACUUUUGCCCUGAGAUGAUUUUGGUUCCCCGAGGCACAGUUUGGCUGUGUCCCGGGGGUGGUCCACACACGUGUGGGCUAUACUGGGGGAUCCACACCAUCCCCUACUUACAGGAAAAUGGGAGAUCAUACAGAAACAGUGGACUUGGAUUACAAUCCUGCACAGAUUUCAUAUGAGGAACUCCUUGCCUUGUUUUGGAAAGGGCAUGACCCUACCACCAAUACCACUAACCAGUACAUGUCAGCAAUCUUUUAUCAUGACUCUGAGCAGAAGGCGCUGGCCGAGAAGAGCAUGGAGGAACAGCAGAAACAUAUGGCAAGAAAAAUUGCCACAAAGAUUUUGCCCGCAACUGAGUUUUUUGAGGCAGAAAACUAUCACCAGAAGUACCUGCUGAGACAGCAAUUCAAACUAUUCGACACCCUGGGUCUUGAGGGACAGAGUUUGAUUAGGUCUUAUGCUGCUGCCAGGCUGAAUGGUUUUGUUGGCAAAUAUGGUACUGUGGAACAGUUUGAGAAGGAAUCCAAGGAGAUGGGCCUAUCCCAGUCUCAAAUCACCCAGGUAAAGAGGGUCUUGGCUGCAUCACCAUAAAGUUAUAACUUCCGGAACAUUUUAAAAUGGUGAAACGUGUGAACAUCUAUUGAUAUAUAGAUAAUAGAAAUGAACUAUCUGUGAUAUGUACUUAAUUUUUCAUGGGAGCUUUAUGACCUAAGAAGUCAGUACCUCCUUCAGGAAUUUUGAGACAUAGGAUGAAACUCAGCAGUGUAAUCAAAAUUUUGAAGCUGCUUGGUGGAUGGAAGUGUCUUGACAUCCCUGUUGAGGUGACAUGGCCCCUUAGGAAAUAAAGCCCUUUUAAUGGAUCAUAAAUAAAAUUAAUUUUAUGCAUUUC